AUGUUUUUUAUAUUUUUAUUUUUUAUACAAAAUUCUCAACCAGAACAAAUUAUCAUCCACUAUCCUCAAUUUUGUGCUCAAUAUAGAUUUACAUUUAUCAAAGUAGCCAAUUAAUUAAACCUUUCAAUCCUCAAUAUCCCAUCAGAAGAAUAAUCAAUCAUUUUACUUAAUAAUUCUAAUUCAAUUAUUUAAUAUCAAUGGGAUGUAUUUGAAUUAGAUAUCAAAUAUUGGCUAAACAUCUAUUUCUAUCAAUAAUUUCCAAUCCUCAAUAUGCCUGUUAAUUAACUAAAUUAAAUUUAAGAGAAUCUACUAAUUUUUUAUGGAUUAAAUUAAUCAUAUUAUACAUACAUUCUUAACCUCACUUAUGACUAUCCAUUAUAUAUGUUUUAUUAUGCAAAUCCUCAUAAUCAUAAGAUUAAUUAAGAAUUCUUUAUUUAAAACUACUCAGUUCAUUAGGAUUACCUUAUAAUUAGAAGAAGAUAGGAUAAUUAUGAUCAUCUUUUACUUAUUUAGAGUUUGAAUUAAAUUAAACCCUUUUUAGAGAAAUAUUCAAAACCUUAUUAAUAAUAAUACUUUACAAUGAAGCAUAUUGCAUAUCUAAAAUAAAAUAAAAAUUCAAGAGCAUUUCUAUAUAUUUCUCUUAAUCUUUAUUAAUAUAAAGAAUAGAAACUAAUUAUCUAAAGACAAUCUGAUAUUUAUAGAUAAUCAAACUCAAAUAAAAAUGUUGUAUUUAUCAUAACUGAACCAAUCUUUAUGGCUAAAAUACUGUUAUAACGUUUUUUAUAUAAAAAUAUUAAAGAUGGACCUUUCCUUAUUUAUUUAGAAUUUAAUCAAUUCAAAUUUAAUAUUUUCAAUAAAGAGUGGAAUAAUUAUUAUGUAUCUUAAUGGUUGUAAUAAUACAUAAGAAAUGAGUUUCAAUCUCAGUUAUUUAAUUUAAAUCAAUAUUUACAAUAAAUACCAUACUUAACACUAAGUUAAUAAAAGAUCUAAACAGAGAUCUAAAAUAAGAUACAUAGUAUCACAUUACUAGAUCUAAUUUUAUAAAAACCUCUAUAAUAAAAUAUUUUAUUAAUAAGAUUAAUUCCUUAUUGUUAUAAUAGCUUCAAACUUUUUUCUAAAUUGUCUAAAUUCAGAAAAGAUAACUUGAUAAUUUUAUACAGUAUAAAUUAAUUAAUUUAUGAUGAAUUCGAAAUGCUUAUGAUCACAAAUAAUUAAACACUAAUUAUCGAUAAUAUAAAUGAUAAUUAAUUGAUGCAAACAUUAAUAUAAUAUAUUUAAGUAUGA